ACAACCCCCACUUUGGGCUCGUUGGUGUGUUAGCUGGUUUGUUCAGCGUUGAUACGAAAUCGAAUCCCACAACCCCCACUUUGCGAAAAAGGGGUCAAGGCCAAAGAACAAGCGUUGCGUUAUUUGCAUCCUUGCACACCUUCUUCUUCUUCUUCUUCUUCUUUGAUUCGAAAACACAGAUUGUGAUCGUAGGCUGAUAAGGGGAAGGACUAGAAGUCGUCUAGGGCAUGACUGCUGGUGUAGAGUUGACGGAGUCCGGAAGGGUUGCUGGAAUUGUAAUGGAUUUUCCGGCGGAGGAUUUAGUGGCGGAUGCCUCCUCUUCGUCUCCUCCACCGAAGUUGACUCGUAGGCUUCGGCGGCGGCUUCUUGAGGCCAGGAGUCCUUCCACUGCCGAAGAAAUCGAAGCUAAGCUGAGGGAAGCCAAUCUUCGUAGACAGCAAUUCCAUGAAUGGUUGUCGAACAAGGCUCGGCCAAAGCCAAAGAGUCCAUCCUGGUCUUCAUUUCAAGAUGAAGACCUGGGGCAGCGUCUUGAAGCAAAGCUCUAUGCUGCUGAGCAGAAAAGAUUGAGCAUUCUAGCAAAGGCUCAAAUGCGAUUAGCAAGGCUAGAUAGGCUGCGUCAAGCAGCGAAAAUAGGGGUAGAAAUGCGUUAUGAGAAGGAGAGGGAGGAACUUGGCACAAAAGUGGAAUCCCGAGUUCAGCAGGCAGAGGCAAACCGCAUGCUUCUCCUGAAUGCUUACAGACAGCGAAGAGCUGCAGAAAAGGAGAGAACAACACAGUCAUUAUUGCGGAAGAUGGUCCAGGAGAGCAAGUAUAAGGAAUGUGUGCGUGCUGCAAUUUCCCACAAGCGUGCAGCUGCUGAGGCAAAGCGAUUAGGGUUUUUGGAAGCAGAGAAGACAAGGGCACGGGCAAGGGUGUUGCAAGUUCAAAGGGUAGCUAAUUCUGUCUAUCACCAACGAGAGGUUGAAAGAAGAAUGUUGAAGGACAAGUUGGAAGAUCGCCUCCAAAGGGCAAAAAGACGGAGGGCAGAAUAUUUGAGGCAGAGAGGAGGUUUCCAUGGUUCUGUUCAUGCCAAUUGUAAUAAGAUGCACAAGAAAGGGGAUUUGCUUUCAAGAAAAUUGGCAAGGUGCUGGAGACGGUUCCUGAAGUUGAAGAGAACUACAUUUUCCUUGGCAAAAGCUUAUAAUACACUAGAAAUUAAUGAAAAAUCUAUUAUGUUAAUGCCAUUUGAGCAGCUUGCUCUACAGAUAGAGUCACCUUCUACCCUUCAGACCGUAAAAGCUCUACUUGACCGAUUUGAAAGCUGGUUUACUGUUUCAUGUGCUACUUCUAACCCAUCCAGUUUUGAUAACAUUGAUCACCUGCUCAGAUGCCUUGGCUCCCCUGUACAAAGGUGUACACGUAAUAACACAUCCAAGGGCAAAGGGGCAAAGCAAGUGGUCUCCAAUAAAGAAGCAGAUACGAAUCCAGUUCAAUUGUCGAGGUAUCCAGCGAGAGUGGUGCUCUGUGCUUACAUGAUUUUGGGUCAUCCAGAUGCAGUUUUCAGUGGGCAGGGGGAGCAUGAGAUUGCUCUUGCUGACUGUGCCAGAAAAUUUGUUCAAGAAUUUGAAAUGUUGAUCAAGAUUGUAUUAGAUGGCCCCACAAAAGGUUCUCAUGAGUCUGUCAGAUCCCAGCUUGCAACUUUUGAUGCAGCUUGGUGCUCUUACCUGUAUCUCUUUGUGGUGUGGAAGGUCAAGGAUGCUAAGCCACUAGAGGAGGAUUUGGUGAGGGCUGCUUGCCAACUCGAACUCUCCAUGAUGCAAGCAUGCAAGAUGACUCCCGAAGGAGAUAGUAGUGGUCUUACACAUGAUAUGAAGGCUAUUCAAAAGCAGGUCACAGAAGAUAAAAGAUUUCUAAGAGAAACAAUCCAACGUCUUAGUGGUAAUGCUGGAAUCAAACGUUUGGAAUGUGCUCUCUCAGACAUGCGAUCUAGAUUUUUUGAAGCAAAGGAGAAUGGGAGCCAGUCAGUGUCACCAAUUAUUUCAUCCUUAGAUUUUUCCAGUUCUUCAGCUGGUUCUUCCUUUUCUGUUUUAGGUAAAGGAAGUAAGCCAGUUGAGGCUGAUAAGGGGCCCAACCAUGUUGUUCACUCCUUGUUUGAGAAUGUUUUCUCUUCUGCACCCAGAGAAAAUUUGCCCACACCCUUUGGUGGUAUUGUAAAUGGUCAACCAGGUAGUUCUUCUGGAGAAAGUUUGUUCAGUGAGAAUGAACUUCUUGUACAUGAAAUUGUCCAUGAGCAUCACCAAGCUUUUAUUGAUAACUUAAGUAAUAAAGAUCAGAGUGAUGUCAAGGAAAAAAUAAGAGAGACAAUGGAGAAGGCUUUUUGGGAUGGCAUCACAGAAUCUAUGAAACAGGAUAAGCCCAACUAUAACCGGGUGGUUGAACUCAUGAAAGAAGUGAGGGAUGAACUGUGUGACAUGGCUCCCCAUACCUGGAGGCAAGAGAUUCUUGAAUCUAUUGAUCUUGAUAUUCUUUCAGAGGCUCUGAUGUCGGAAAUUCAGGACAUGGAUUUUUUUAGAAAAAUCCUGGAGUUUGCAUUGACCACAUUGCUGAAGCUUUCAUCUCCAGCUGCUGAGGAUGAGAUGAAGGAGACCUACAAAAAGUUAUUGAAAGAACUAAAUGAGAUCUCCCAAUCUGGAGAGAAGUCAUCAUUUGUCAUUGCGAUGAUUAAGGGUCUUCGCUUUGUUUUGGAGCAGAUACAGGAACUGAAACGAGAAAUUAGCAAAGCACAUAUAAGAAUUGCGGGACCUCUCAUAAAAGGGCCAACUGGUUUAGAAUACCUGAAAAAGGCAUUUGCCAACCGUUAUAGGUCACCCUCUGAUGCCUCAACAGCUCUACCAUUGACAGUGCAAUGGCUAUCAUCUGUAAAGGGUAGUUCAGAGCAGGAAUGGGGUGAACAUACAGAUUCCUUGUCAGCCUCGAGAACAAGUCAGAUUAGUUCUUCUCAGGGCCUUCCUCCUACCCUUAGGACUGGUGGCAGUGUGCUUGUAUCAUCAAACAGAAGCCAAGGGAAAUCCUUUCCAUCAGUGACAAUUGCUACCUUUACAGGUAACCAACAACCAGAAUGCAAGGGAGAAAGGAUUGAUCUGUUGGUGAGGCUUGGCUUGUUGAAGCUAGUUUUUGGCACAAAAGGGCUAACACUGGAGACCCUACCUGAAACCCUUAAGCUAAAUCUCUCAAGGCUAAAAGCUGUUCAGUCCCAACUUCAGAAGAGUGUUGUUAUUGCUAUCAGCAUGUUGGUUCUCCGCCAGAUCCUUAUUAGUGAGAACUUGGUGACCAGCGCCACAGAGAUGGAGAAAACAGUAUACAAGUCUGUGAAAGAACUCUUUAAUCUCCUGGACAGGGUUGCUGAUGUGGGAGUUGCAGAAAUCAUCGAUGCUAUUGAUGGUUUUUCAGGAGGAGAUAACUUCUCGGAUGCAAAGAAGAUCCAAGCAAGGAGGGAAGUAAUGGCAAACAUGUUAGUCAGGAGCCUAAGGGCUGAGGACGUUGUUUUUAUGAAAGUAUCACAUGCAAUUUACUUGGCAAUGCGAGGAGUGGUGCUCGGGGGAAGUGGAUUGCAGGGUAGAGAAUUGGCAGAGUUAGCCCUUGGACGGGUGGGUGCAACUAUCCUCAUUGAUAACAUUAUAGAGGCAGGAGAGGUUUUGGUCGUGGUAGCAACGGUAUCUAUUUCUGUUCAUGGGCUUUGGUACGCCCACCUGAUCUAAAAUCAUGUGGUUUUGUUCCAGAGAAAGUAGAUAGGUGGAGAAGCGUGGGAAGGGAAAUUUCCAUUUUAUUUUCUAGUGUACAUUUGUCUAUAGUGCAGUUGCACAUCAUAUGAUAUAUAUAUAGAAAGCUGUAAAUAAUGCUCUUCAAUGCUUUUGUUUUGCAUCGGAGUGCAAAUGAAAAGAAUGCAAAUUCUGGUUCAA